AUAAAGUAAAUUUAAAUGUGAAAUAGGAAAUAAUCCAGAAAGUUUCAUUUUCGUUUUAUAUUCAAUUUAUACUUUAUACUAGAUUUUUGUUGUUUAAAAAUUAAAAUUGGAAGCAACUAUAUAUAAUGGAUAAUAGUUCAAAAGUAUGUAUUACUAUUUCUUUUAAAGAAUUGUGAUGAUACUGGAAAUGGAUGUUUUAGUGGUCAAUUUAUGAAACAUGAAUGUAUGUUUGGAAAAUUAUCAGAAAGCGAGUAUAAGAAACUUUACAAAAUUAAACACUCCGAAGAGGAUGAAGAUGAUGAAAUCUAUGAAAAAAUUAAAAAAGAAGGAUACAAUUUUGAGAAUAUCGGUGUAAUUGGAGUAUUGAACGGAACAUUUAAACUAGAUGAUGUUGAAGAAGAACUAUUUGAAGGUAAAUAUGAAUCCAAAUACGUUAUAAACAAAAUCCAUGCUUCGAUUGAUAGGAACAAUCUAGAGUGGAAUACAAAGUGUCCAAUUAUAUAUACCAAAGGAAGAGUUUUGUAUAAAACGUAUGUAGAAGAUAAUUUAAACAUUUUUGAUUUAGUUGACGUUUUUAUAAAGUAUACUUACGACCCUUGCAAGGAUCUCGAACUGGAUGAAUCUAUAUCGAAGACAACAAUAAUGAAGUCUGGUACAAUUUGUCCUGGGCGAUCAAGAUUAUUUAUUUAUAAAGAUAGGGAGUUCAUUGUAUAUGGGAGAUACAUUUUUGGCCAAGGAGUUAAUUAUGUUAAGUUUAGUAGUGAGUCAAAAGUGUUUAAGUUUUUUAAUCCUCCUUGGGAUAGAGACUGUGAGGAAUAUGUGUAUGCUUUUAUGAUUAGAAAUGCUAAAAGUAAUGUUUUGGAAGCUUUUGGUUUGUUUAGAUAAUCUGUAUUUAUAUAUGUAUUAACUGUUAAGUUUAUUAUUUGAAUUAAAAGAACGUAGGCGCAAAAUUUUGUGCCAAUGCUUUUUAAAUGCAUUUAUUUUUUCGAGUCCCGAGAGAACUAAUAAAGUAUUUUUGAAAAAUUUAAACAGAAUGAAAGGUUACAUUAUUACUGAGGGCUGAAAGUCACUGAAAACUUCUGUGUUUAUUUUAAUAAGUUACCGAGGUGAAAAAAAGAGCAAAUGGAGUGUGAUUUUUAAUUUCAAAUAUCUUAUCUUUCAAAUAUCAUAAAAUAUCUCUAAAAAGAAACUUUUUGUUUAUUCUAAGAGACUUUCUGCCCUCGGUAAUAAUGUAAUCUUUCAUUUUGCGUUUAAAUUUUUCAAAAAUAUUAGUUUUUUUCAGCUUCGAAAAAAUAAAUGUAUUUAAAAAGCAUUGGCCUGAAAUUUUGCGCCUACGCUCUUAAGUAUUUAUUUUGUGUGAGUAUUGUAGAUAUGUAUUUUUUAUAUAUUUUUAUUAAAAGUUGUACGCUUUGAAUAUAGAUGUAUUAAUAUAAAUAUUUUCUCCACCUGA